GCGAAGCGUUCGCAGCUCUGCAUUAUAUUACUGACAAUUCAAAGGCGCGCGCCGAGAACACCUUGUAUCCCGAUUUGGAACGACUUGGAGGGGGGGUGUCCAUGCCUUUCAUGUGGUGAAGGAGAAAACACUUUGCUUAAUUUACCCAGGAAUAGACGGAGUGGAAGGCAGCCCUUCUGGAGUGGAGUGCUUUGUUAUGAAACACAGUAGAGGCGACGGUGGGUAUUCUCCAGUAUACAGUUACGAUCAGCCAUCGAAACUUCUGCUUCAAUCAUCUUUUUUCAGUAAGGAUUGCUUCUAAACUGAAAACGUAAUUAACCAUAUAAGGCUGGAGAUGUCACAGUUGAAAUGUUACUGUAGAAAAGAAAGUGGAGACCCUGUUGUGCGCAUUCUGGUUUAUCCCAAAGAAAGCAAGUAGCCUAUAUGGUUACGCGCACGUUGUGCUCUGUGAGAAGAGGAUUUCAACCAAACGAAAAUGGCCCGGAUUAUUCUUUGCGCUUUGACAUUAGUUUUGGCUGACUUUAAUUAAACAUAACUGUAGGUCUAUUGAAAAUCCGUGGAAUUGACCCCACAGUCCAAAUGAUGGAAUUGCUCGUUGCUUUGUGUAUUGGGAUUCUGGUGGCCGUCAUUUGGUCAGCUUCGAAAUAUUUUGGUACCCAGCGCGAGCCAGACGCACUCCUCCAGGGGCUCGGAAUUUCACGGCGGCAGACGAAGGAGAUGGUCUCGGAGAGGUGCGUCUCAGACCUGGGGGUCCCGGUGGACGGUGCUAAUGCCCAGACACCCGGCAGGGCAGGUGAGAAUAAGGUCCCCGAUGUUGCGCUGAUAUGCAAACCCUCGGCGCUGGCCAACUAUCUCUUCAAACACUGCAGGACUUUCAGCAAUUUCAUAGCGUGCACUGGAUGGACUUGGCGGGCGAGUGCGUUUCUUCAGACAGUUUACGGCGCGUGCUGGCCGUACGAGAGCCCGGCGUAUUUCGUGCGGGACUACCUGCAGUUGAGCGACGACGGUCUGGUGGCGCUGGACUGGGCAGUGUCGAUGGCCGGUGCGUCGUACCAGAAACGGAGGAGAACCUCGAGUAAUUCCACGAGCCCAAUCCUCCUCAUCAUACCCAACUCUUUUGGGAAAAUCACUAGAAAUGUGCUGAAGCUCUGUGAGGUGGCGUUGUCCCACGGCUACCUCCCUGUGGUGUUUAACAGGCGCAGCCACAACGCCACCCCCCUCAGCACCGUCAAGCUGCAGCAGUUUGGCGACCCAGGGGACCUACGCGAGGCUGUGCGCUACAUGCGCUACAGGCAGCCCGUGAGCCGGCUGUACGCGGUGAGCGAGAGCACGGGGUCCGGCCUCCUCCUCUCCUACCUAGGAGAGUGUGGUUCAUCCAGCUACGUGACGGCCGCCGCUUGCCUCUCGCCAGUGUUCCGCUGCCAGAGCUGGUUUGAGAAAGGACCCAUCUGGCCCCUACACUGGGCUCUGGUGACUUACCAGAAGAUAUGCCUCAACAGGUACAGGACAGUGCUGGGUGAGACAGUGCACACCGAUGCCCUUUUCUCCAGCUGUUCCAUGCGUGGCCUGGAGGAGGUGUUGUUCUGCCAGCAGCCAGGCCCUAAAGGAGCCCCGGCCCUAGCAGGGGGCACCAGCAGCAGCAGUGGUGGAGCCUGGGAGGCCUACUGGGAACGCAAUGAACCCCUCCGGGACGUAGACGAAGUCGCCAUCCCCGUUCUGAGUGUCUGUGCUCAGGAUGACCCUGUCAGAGGAGACCCCCAGUCUACCCUACCCCUGGAACUCUUCGAGAGCAACCCCCACUUCUUCCUGCUGCUGACCACCAGGGGGGGACACUGUGGCUUUAACACACAGGAAGGGAGUGCUUUCUCUGGGGGAGGGACCUUUGGAGGGACACCUGGGACUAGCUGGAGCCACCGGGCCCUGCUGGAGUUCUUUAGAGCCACCACGGACUUCAUUGCGGCAGAGGAGAGGGCUAAGCAGGCUGCCAGACGGAGGGGCCUGGGGGGUAGCAGCCAGGGCAAAGUCUUCAGACAUCGUAGUGUCAGUAGCUGUAGGAGAAUGCCUGCAUGCUCACAUAAUAUACACACUAUCUACAACUGGCAGAGGUCUUAUACACGGUGAGCUGGGGUGAUGAUAUUGGAUAUUAUGGAUCAUAAGGGAUUUAUAUUAUGGAUGAUAAGGAAUUUAUAUUAUGGAUGAUAAGGGAUUUAUAUUAUGGAUGAUAAGGGAUUGAUAUUAUGUAUGAUAAGGGAUUGAUAUUAUGGAUGAUAAGGGAUUGAUAUUAUGGAUGAUAAGGGAUUGAUAUUAUGGAUGUUAAGGGAUUGAUAUUAUGGAUGAUAAGGGAUUUAUAUUAUGGAUGAUAAGGGAUUGAUAUUAUGGAUGAUAAGGGAUUUAUAUUAUGGAUGAUAAGGGAUUGUUAUUAUGGAUGAUAAGAGAUUUAUAUUAUGGGUGAUAAGGGAUUUAUAUUAUGGAUGAUAAGGGAUUGAUAUUAUGGAUGAUAAGGGAUUUAUAUUAUGGGUGAUACGAGAUUUAUAUUAUGGGUGAUAAGAGAUUGAUAUUAUGGAUGAUAAGGGAUUUAUAUUAUGGAUGAUAAGGGAUUGAUAAGGGAUUGAUAUUAUAGAUGAUAAGGGAUUGAUAUUAUGGAUGAUAAGGGAUUGAUAUUAUGGAUGAUAAGGGAUUGUAUCUGCGGCACAAGAAAGCUUUGCAUUUAACGGCUGAAUAUUCAUCUGUGUGCAGCAGUCACCUGGGUAAUUGACGGAACAUGGUUUAAUUGACACACGCACGCAGGCAUGCAGGCACGCACGCACACACACACACACACACACACACACACACACACACACACACACACACACACACACACACACACACACACACACACACACACACACACACACACACACACACACACACACACACACACACUCAGAAUUUAAGGAUGAACACUCCAAAACACACUACGUGUAACCAGAAAAGCCUGUGUGUGUGUGUGUGUGUGUGUGGGUGUGCGUGUGUGUGGGUGAGCCUCUGCCUAAUGACUGUCCAAAAAUGCCCGUCUGGACACUGGACUGCCAGUAUUUCUCUGAUGAGAACAUCAGAUUCAUGGGGAAACUAUGUGUAAUGAUAUGGUGAUGUUUUGCUGAACUGGGUGGAACCAGUUGGGUUUGUGGCUUUUCACACAUGUUGUAAUUCAAACUCUGACUGGGGUACAUUGAAUGUAGCUGCAAUCUGCAACUUUGAAUUGGCGCUGUUAGUGACAUGAUGAUUUUCCUGUAGUUUUCUAAACAAUGUUAAACGUGUGUUAAAUGUGUUAAAUGAUCUGAAUCAUUGUGAAGGAACGAUGUGAUAAAAGAAAAAGAGGGACUGUAUCAUGGAAGGAUUUCAUGUUGCUCACAUACUGUUAUCUUCUGUCCAGACAUAAUUACAGUAAUGUUGUGAAACAUUGUAUCAAUUUAACAGUCUUCAGUUACUGUAUGUGGAACUCUAUGUACAAUACUGUAUGUGUCAUACUUAGAACUUUGUGACUAUGUACAGUAGAGUUCUGUUUCUCUGAGGAUUCAUCAAACACAUGAAGAGUUUUCCAUUUAGACGUCUCCUGAAAUAACUCUAUGCCCACAGCGAUACCACUGUCUGUGUGUGUGUGUGUGUGUGUCUGUCUAUCUGUCUGUCUGUAUGUUUGUGGUGUGUAUUCGUGUGUGUGUGUGUGUGUGUGUGUGUGUGUGUCUGUAUGUGUGUGGUGUGUAUUUGUGUGUGCAUACGUGUGUGUGUCUGUGUGUGUCUGUGUGUGUCUGUGUGUGUGUGUCUGUGUGUGACCGUGUGAUCUGAUUAGAUAUCUCUCCACGGUGUGUCCCUACAGAUCCUCAUCCACACAGACAGCUGCUACUGCUGGACCACAGAGCCAACUCUACAGUUAGCAUCAAGCCCUGACCCUUUACAAAACACACUACCCAUCCUUGGUGCCACGACUCCAGGAUUACUAAAGCCAUGUCUGUAAUCCUACUUUAUUGUACCAGGGCCAUAGGGGUAGUCUACGAUGGCUCCACUUUUGUAAACCUCUGCAUCACAGUGUGCAAACAGGCCUUAUGGUUUUAAUGUAUCAAUUUACACCUACAUUGUAAUGACACUGUAACUACCAUGUAAAUACAGCUAUUACAUAUGAUCCCAGGGCCCAGACAACUUCAGAACAGAACAUAGCCACUGUUAUUUGUUACAACAGUCUUUCUGGUUCUACAAAUGACAAUGAGCCGAAGCAGCCUGCCUAGAAGGCUCAUUCUUUUGUUGUUCAUUUUCAUUUAGUGAAAUGUGAACUAGAGCAGAUAGACAUAGGGGCGACAGAAACAAUAACCACCAGGCCUCUCAGUCUCUUGGCCCAAUGAAGUUGUUAACAUUGAAUUGGCCUUUAACACGUUGCUUAUUGAAUUCCAGCCCCAAUGUCCGCGUCUGUCCAAUUGAAUUUGCGUUGAUUGAUAUUGCAUUAGCGUUCAUAGCUUCUAAUGACCGUGGCCCUUGAUAUGAUCAAGAUAUAUUCAUAGGUCAGUGAGAGAACCUGUAGAAUACAGAGGAUAUUAUAAUGGAUUUGUUUGAUGACUAAGAGGAGGCGAGUGCUGUGUUGACAUACUGUAAUAUUUCACUAAGGUGAGGAGCGCCAUCUUUUGGCUAUUGGGUGCAAGUGACAUUCCACAAGUUUUGAAAAACCAAAUACUCUGGAGAAUAUAUCUAUAGUUUUUUUUACCUUUAUUUAACUAGAAAAUUCAGUUAACAACAAAUGCUAAUUUCACGGCCUACCCCAGCCAAACCCUAACUGGGUGAUGUUGGGCCAAUUGUGUGCCGCCCUAUGGGACUCCAAAUCAGCCUGGAAUCAAACCAGGGUCUGGAGUGACACCUCUAGCACUGAGAUGCAGUGCCUUAAACUGCUGCACCACUCGGGAGCCCAUAAAAAGGCUAGAUGGCCACUAAUACAGCUUUGAAUAUAAGCUAUGUCGUGAUUCAUGGAUACAUAGAGCACCACAGCUUCACAUGAAUCUAUCUUGAUUUUCACAUGAUACCGUUUUAAGGAAUGUUUCAAAAUGCUGCCAGUCACUUUUUACACAUUUUAUAAUGCACUCAAUGAAAAAAAUACAUUAUUGGAAUAAUUCAAGGACUAACUGAUAUAAUUCAAAAACCGAGUCUGAAUAACAAACAUAAAACAACAGCAACAUUAAUACAGUAUACAUUUCCACCCGUAUGCGCAUGAGAACAUGUGUGAAGGGCAUAUCGCUUAACAACCAGAACAGAGCCAUGUAAAGCCUUUAUGGCUCUGCUAUGACCUGUCUGCAUGACCUACAUUUCUACUGAUGCUCUUACCUUGGCGUUGUCGUCUGAUCUAUUUACCCAUCACAAUGACCUCAUGAAGAAUGUGGCAGCACUGGCAUGGUUUCUGAAUGGGGUAUUUUCUCUCUCUCUGUCUCUCUCUGUCUCUCUGUCUGUCUCUGUCUCUCUCACUCUCUCUGUCUCUGUCUUUCUGUAUCUCUCUCUUUCUGUCUCUCUCUGUCUCCCCCCCUCUCUCUCUGAGAGACUGCCUAACAGACACAAUGACGCAGCUAUAUCUCUGCUGCAUUUGGCUGGGAAACUGGAGCACAUUGAGGCCAGAUAUAGCCCUGGUUUAAAAAGAUAUCUGCACAGUCACAAGAAAAUCUAAUCAGGGAAGUGAUACAUUUAUUUUGUGACAGAAAUGCACAUGAUUAUGUAUAUUAAAUCAAAUCAAUAAAGUCAUGAGUGCA